UGAUGUCUGUCAGUGUUGUGACAGAAGGCAACACUGAGUCCAUAGAUGCUAGAAAAUAGUCUCAAGGAUGUUCCAGAAGCACAGUGUUCUCGUACCACUUUGUAUAUAUUUCCUGUCUGAUUGGACCCUUGUUAAAGCAGAAAACAUCAUGCUUCGGAGACCAAGAAGGCUAAGUUCAACUUUCAAAGUGGAAGUGAAUGGCACACAACAUCGUUACCACGCCUACUAUGCUAGCGAUGGUAAAAUCUCUUGGCCAGCAAGAAGUGAUUCUCAACCAGGACCAUUUUGGCAGGGAGACUUACAAGGGUACUUUGCAGUACACAACAUCAUGGUAUCAAGUGACAAUGAUCUUCAGUUUGCUUCAGAAAUCAGAAAUGCAUACAUUGGGGUAUCGUCAGUAGACGUUGAUUGCCCGGAUGACGACGUGAUCUGGUGUGGUCAAUGGCCGGCAGAUACGUUAGCUGGUGUAACCUUGACCUUCAACUGUUCCCACGUGAAAAAUACGAGAUUCGUGAGAGUAUGGAGAAACAUCACAGGCCACCUGGCUGUACAGGAAGUCGAGGUACAGGGCACUCCGAGUAGACCAAACGCCUCUAAUUACAACAAGAAUGUGAACGAAAAGGUGACGACGACCGUGAUGUCUUUGAAUGCCAGAUCUGUCAGUGACUGUGGCAUCAAAUGUCUGGAGACCCAGCCAUGCCUCGUCUUCAGCUACAAUCCAUCUGCCGAUCCAUCCUGUCUCCAUGCGGUAGAUACAGAUACGACAUCCAUCUCCGACUGGGUCACGUACUUUACAGCUGACUGCCUUCGUCACAACACGUGUGAUGAUGAUUAUGUCAAGUAAUGUACGUGCAUUUGUCCCUAGUUGCGGUAUUGGUAUCUGGUUAUGUGUAUAUAUGAACAGGCAGGUAUCCGCACAUGUUUCGUCUUUGAAUGCCAUAUCGGCCAGUGACUUUGGCUUCAAGCGUCAGGAGACCCAGCCAUGUCUCGGCUUCAGCUACAAUCCAUUUGCCGAUCCAUCCUGUCUCCAUGCGGUAGAUACACAUAAGGCAUCUGUCACCGCCUGGGUCACGUACUUUAUAGCGUCAUGCGCUAGUAGCAUCACAUUGAACUAAUGAGUAAUUCACCACAAGGAAGACGACAUGCUGGACUGUUGAGUUAUCUACUUCAGUAAAUCUAUGAUAUCUGUAAAACAUCAAGGAAUAUACAUCAUCGACCUGAAAAGACAACGGAAACAUUUCAUGCAUUCAUAUGAAUUUCAGUGGGUGCUGAAAUUUCUGAUUUCGUCCUAAGUUUAAUCGGGUUGGAAACAUAUAAAUUUACUUAGGUGGGAAAACACAUGUAAAAUUUCAACUCUGCAGAUGUUUACACAUCUUAGAUAUUUAUGUAUCAUACCGGAUUUCAGGGGUAUAUAUAUGAACGGUUAAUACAUCUUCAUGUUACCUGUGCUCGCAAGAUGAUCAUAUGUUUCCAUCAUGUGAAUUGCUUGGUUCAUGUAAUUUCAUUUUCACACAUUUUAGUACCUUUGAAAUCAACGUCCAAGUGACCUAAUUAUUCUUAUCACCAAACCAGCCUGGCAAAGAAAGCAGUCUUACGCUAGCUAACACGCCUUAUUCAGCUGCACUCCCUCUUGCUACCAGUAUCAGUUACGCCUUGUCUGCGGUGUUUGCAAAUCUUGUGUGGUGCUUGUUUCGAGGGAUUAAAAUGUUCAGUGGUGAACAAAGGGCGAUGAGAUGCCCCUUUGUCCUCCGCUGUCCCAGGAAAUUAGCACACUUUAUCUCACACUGCCAAAUACGCUACACGAACCAACUGAGUUCAGCUCGCGGAUCACGACUGUAAAAUAAUUAUUGGCAGUACAUAAUUGGAAUAUUAUUGCACUGCAUGUAACCUUUCUUAAUAGCCUCACAGUGUCUGAACCAUGUUAUUUCUCCUUCUGCUCAGCCUUGCUGUAAUAACGCCAUACAUGAACUUUAAUGUUGUCCACAUUUGUUUCACUUACGUUAAAGUAACAAACGAUGCCAUAUCAAAUAAUAGAUUCAGUGAAAAAUGAAAAAGAGUUUUUAUUGUGUAGCGGAUAGCACUGGCGGGUGCGUUCUCUGAGUAUACCAUGGGCAUGUUGGA